AAUGUCAAACAUAAAUUUGACACAUUAUGUGAUCUUUAUGAUACUAUAACAAUAAGUCAAGCAAUAAUUUUUUGUAGCACAAAAAAGAAGGUGGAUGAGAGAAGAGGGAAUUAAAUUUCAUUGUCAAUUCAACGCAUGGAGACAUGCCACAAAAAGAUAGAGACGCAAUCAUUAAAGAAUUUUAUGCUGGAAAAAUGAUUAGUUGUUCUGGAAAAUUUGGUUGCAAAGGUGUAGCAAUUAAUUUUGUUAAGGCCGAUAAUAUUAAUAUUUUACGUGACAUUGAACAAUAUUCAACACAGAUCGAUGAAAUGCCCAUGAAUAGUAAGUAACAAAUCUUAUUUUUGUAAUUUAUUAACUAUAAAAUGUGAUUCACACACAUCCUUUAUACAUACCAAUGAUUUUGUACAUAUUAAUAUUGAACUGCA